AUGGCAACGCUACGAAAGCGUUCACCAUCUCAUUCGAGUUGUAGCUCUUGUAGAUCGUGGAGUGUUAUCGACAAUCCCGAAUUUGAGAUAUACGAUGGGAACGAUUCGGAUUCAUCUGCAUGUGAAUUAACAGAUUGUGAAUGUGACCAUAAAUUUGAAUGUUUUGAUGAUGAUCAUCGGGUGACGACAAACAGUGAAACGAAUUAUUUCGAGAAGGAUAAUAGCGAUGAUAAAGAAGAGGAUAAUGAUGAUUAUUUGGUAAUCGAUGAAAAAAUGAUAUUGCGCGAUGAUUCUUCCAUGAAAGAAAGUAAUGAUGAUGUUGAUAAAGUUUGGCGUAAACUUGAUUCCUUAUUUCAUCACUGCGAUCAUUUACAUCAUUUCGAUGCAUACAAUUCAGUCUAUGUCCUCGAUAAGGAGCCAUUUUUCGGUCUGCAGUGCCGAAAACCGAGCUCACUGGAAGCUUCGUUCAAGCCAACAUUUGUUUGGCCUUCACCAAACUCACUCAUACCAUCGGAAUCGUACCAAAACCAGGAUUACGUAGAAUCUGGAACAAAUUAUGUCAAAAAGCACAUCGCGAAUGCCCGAUCUACUCUUGCACACUAUCAGCCACCUGAGUAUUGCUCUGAUGAAGAAUAUCAGUGGUGUUAUCGAUGGGCGUUUGACUCAAGUGGUGAUAAAAAAGAAAUUGAUUUCAAAAAAAGUCUGAAGAAGAAGGUGUGGAAUAUUCUCACUGCAUCCGUACUAAAAACACCAAAAGUGGCUGGAAAAAUACUGAAAACCAAUUUAAUGGCAUCGAUCGUACGUGAAAGCAAACUGGCGAAAAAAUUUCGAAAUGCUUUUUCAUCAGUGAAGAAUUCAAUUGGUCGAAGUAUUGCUAACGUCAAGGUCAAAUACGUUAAAGCCAAACAACGAGCGAUAUCAUCGUGGAAGAGUUUUGCGAAUUUCUCGCGUCUCUCUCGAUUUCGGGUAAUAUCCAAUCGUAAUGCAUCGGGUGAACCGGGUGGGGUACCUGCUGGAGUUUUAGCCUACUUAAAACCUAGGCCAAUUCAGACGGUUGAAGCUGAAACUCAGAUGGAAGUUCUGGAGCACCCGAAAGCAUUUCAUUUGUUGCCUUACGGUACAUUGAAUCACUACGCAAUGGAACAAUCUGCAGUAGCAGACGACGUAUUGAAUGUGAGAAAUGCUGGUGGACAAACGAAUGUCCCAAGAGGAAGUGCCAUCGCGCUGUGUGGCAACAGUCGUUCGAUAUGA